CAAUCAUCAUCACAGGCCGUGUGUGUUAACGGAGAAGAGGAAGGUCAUCUAUUUCAGCCAGUGGAAACCAUGGCAGCUCCAUUCAAAACACUUGUGGAAGAUUAUCCCAGAUACCUCAAAUCAUUUGAGCUCUUUCUGGAGCGCUCAUCAGAGCACCAGUGCAUGCAGGACUUCAUUCAUAAUACGCUUCCCGACAUUCUGGCAAGCGAGAGUGUCAACAUCUCCAGAUCUUGCUCAUAUCAACUUUACAUGGAAUAA